CAUUUUAUAACUUGAAAAUAAAUCAAGAUCCCCUGUGGCGACAUUCAUAAAUGGAGACUCGAUUCAAAAAAGUUUAAACCGGCCAAAAGGGAUAAGGCAACACCGUGGUGGCGAUGAUGUGGACAUCAUGGCGGGAUCCACCUUCCUCCGCCACCACCAUCUAAUCCCUCCUCAAAAUCCCCUCCAUCCAUCCAUCCAUCAACACUAAAAACAUGGAUCAACAACCAAAUUACGAAGAAUUACCUGAAGAAAUCUGGGAACUAAUCAUAAACAGUUGUACAUCCACCACCGAUAAUCACGAAUCACUUUCCCUUACAACCAAACGUUUAUUAUCCUUAACCAACCGUCUCCGUCACACCUUCACCGUGAUCGAUCAAACUUACAUCAUCCACGCCACUAUUUCACCGUUCUUUCGCCGUUUUCAAAACCUCAAAUCCUUAGAUCUAAGCAAACUAAGCCAAUGUUAUCUCCAAACCGCUAUACACGAAAUCACAAGUAAUGCUACUUCAUGUUCUAAAUUAGAAUCACUCGAUAUAUCUAAUCAUGAUUAUAUUCCUUGUAUUGAUUGUUUGAAAAAGUUUAAACUUAGGGUUUUGAAAUGUGCUAAUGUUGUUAACUUAAGAGAUGUCGAUUUAUUACGUAUAGCAAAAUGUUUUCCUGAUUUAGAAGAGCUUGAUAUUAGUUAUCCUAGACAUAAUAUGUUUAGGACCUCUAGUAGCAUUAGGGACGUUAUGGUUACGGAUCUCGGUAUUCGUAGUUUGGCUUGUGGUUUGAAGAAUUUGAUUAAGAUUAAUUUGUCGAUGAACGUUCUUUUGACGGAUAAGGCCUUAUUUGAGCUCUCCGCUUAUUGCAAGAGGUUGCAAGAGGUGAUGUUUGUGAAUUGUACUAUGAUUACCAUGAGCGGUGUGAGGUUUUUAUUGCAGAAUAGUUUGGAGUUGACAAAGAUUGGAAUGUCUCAUAUUGGGACUACUGAGUCGCUCUUUGUGGACCCUGCCACGUCUGGGAGAUGUUUAUCUAGUAUUAGCUUUAAAGAUUCUGAUGUUGAUGAUGAGUUUCUUGGGACGAUUGUGGAAGCAAGUAUUCCGUUGAAGAGUGUGUCUCUUCCUGGUUGUCAUAAAUAUAGUGUAAAUGGGAUUGUAAGCCUAGUAUGUGCAUAUCAGUCUAUUGAAAUUUUAGAUCUUUCUAGGAAUAAGUCUCUUAGUGAUAGAUCUGUUGUAGACUUGUCUCGGUAUCUACAUGAUCUUGUUUCGGUCAAGUUCAAUUUCUGUGGUAAGCUAACUACUGCAGCCUUAUUAGCUCUGAUCAAUAACUGUCCGUUUCUUGAAAAUGUUGAAAUGGUACAUACAAAUCUUGGUAAGGAAGAAGAUGCGGUUAUGGGUGCCGUGAAGCAGCCAAACUUACGUGUUAAGUCUUUGAAGUUGGCAGGAAAUUUGCAUCUGAGUAAUGGUGGUCUUGUCAAGAUCACUUCGGUUUGCCCCAACUUAAGGCUGCUUGACGUGAGCUCGUGUACAGGUCUUGCAGGCUCAUUAGGUGAGGUCUUUAGGGUCUGUUCUGAAAUAAGGCAUUUGUGCAUACAAGAUUGUGGCAGGGUUAAGAACAUUGGUUUAAGCAUGAAGCCUUUAAAGCUAGUACAGCUGGAUAUGGCCAGGUCUGGGGUUAACGAUGAUGGGUUAGUGGAGAUUGUGGUGAGAUGUACUGAGCUUGUGAAGAUUGAUCUUGCUGGGUGUAUGCAUCUGACAACAAACUCGGUGAAGUACCUGUUAAUGAAGUGUGAAAAGUUGAGAGAGCUUAAUUUGAUGGGAUGUCCUAAUCUACAUGGUUUUAUUGUUGAAUGGAUGGUGUUUACACGCCCGUCAUUGAGGAAGCUUAUUCCACCCUCAUAUGUUGUUACUACUGAAAGCCAACGUCGGCUUUUCUUGCGCCAUGGAUGUGAAGUUUGUGAUCAGUAGCGGUUGAAUAGAGUUUCUGUGUAGUGUUAAUAAUCAUGUUAAUGUGUGUGCCACUUGUGGUUCUUUUUGUAUAUAGCUUGUUUCUUUGAAGCUGCAUUUUUCUUGUAAUCUAUUCACCAGAUCAACAUCUAUUUGGGGCAGUUUGCACGUCUUGUAUUUUGUAAUUAGAUCAAACUUAUUGGAUUAUAGUAAUAUAUUGUCUAAAUAUCAAUGAAUGUUUACACAUA